AUGAGACGGUCGCCGCUGCUCGCGGCAAGCGCUGCCAGGCACCAGGCGGCAGUGCAGGAGAUGCCGAGCAUCGGGAUCUACGGCAUCGCCCUUCGGCGGUGGGCGUUUGAUUGGGCCAACUGCGGCGCCAACCGCUCAGGCAUCGGGAUCUACGGCAUCGCCCUUCGGCGGUGGGCGUUUGAUUGGGCCAACUGCGGCGCCAACCGCUCAGGCAUCGGGAUCUACGGCAUCGCCCUUCGGCGGUGGGCGUUUGAUUGGGCCAACUGCGGCGCCAACCGCUCAGGCAUCGGGAUCUACGGCAUCGCCCUUCGGCGGUGGGCGUUUGAUUGGGCCAACUGCGGCGCCAACCGCUCAGGAGCCCAGGGCCUCAACGCCGCAGCCGCGGUGUCGAAGGCAGCUCCUGGAUCUGGAGUAGGCGCAGGCGGCUCCUUGUUUGGUUCCGGUGGGACCGUCUUUGGAGCCGGACCUGCAUCAUCUGGCUCUGCGGCCAGCACAGGAAGCACAGGAGGCGGCUCCCUGUUCGGCGCGAGCAGCGGUGGGUCCCUGUUCGGCGCAUCAUCUGGCUCCGCGGCCAGCACGGGGAGCACAGGAGGCGGCUUUCUGUUCGGCGCGAGCAGUGGUGGGUCCCUGUUCGGCACCGGGCCGGCGUCAUCUGGCUCUGCUACCAUCGCAGGGAGCACAGGAGGCGGCUCUCUCUUUGGAGCGAGCAGCGGUGGGUCCCUGUUCGGGACCGGACCUGCAUCAUCUGGCUCUGCGGCCAGCACAGGAAGCACAGGGAACAGCUCUCUCUUCGGCGCGAGCAGUGGUGGGUCCCUGUUUGGCGCAUCAUCUAGCUCUGCGGCCAGCACGGGGAGCGCAGGAGGCGGCUCCCUGUUCGGCGCGAGCAGUGGUGGGUCCCUGUUCGCCGCGUCAUCUGGCUCUGCAGCCAGCGCAGGGAGUGCAGGAGGUGGCUCCUUGUUCGGCGCCAGCAGUGGUGGGUCCCUGUUUGGAACCGGACCUGCGUCAUCUGGCUCUGCAUCCAACACAGGGAGCACAGGAGGCGGCUCUCUGUUCAGCGCAAGCAGCGGUGGGUCUUUGUUUGGUGUCAGCGCGGCUUCAUCUGGUUCCGCCGCCAGUGCAGGGAGCGCAGGAGGCAGCUCUCUGUUCGGCGCAAGCAGUGGUGUGUCUUUGUUUGGCACCGGAUCGGCAUCACUUGGCUCUGCCAGCACAGGGAGCACAGGAGCCAGCUCUUUGUUCGGGGCCAGCAGUGGCGGAUCCUUGUUCGGCUCCGCAUCGUCUGGCUCGGCAAGCGCAGGAAGCGCAGGAGGAUCUCUGUUUAGCGCAUCCGGGGCCUCAAGCAGCGCAGGAACCAGCGCUGCCGCCAGCGCAUCCCAAGUUGCUGGUGCAUCGCCUGCGCCAAAAGCAAGCUCAGCACAGGCAGGCGCUUCGGAGGCAGAGAAGGCGGACGUCAAACAGGCCUACAAGGAGCGCAUGCUGGAGAUCUACGAAAAGCACAACCCCAGCAAGGUGAGUGAGAUCGACAGCCUCAUGGGCAAGUACGUGGGCCAAGAGCACACGAUGUACCUUAAGAUCUGCAAAAAGUACGGCGUGGACCCGAAGCCUGCCGUUGUACCAGGCGCUGUCAGCAGCACUACUGGCAGCAGCUCUGUUGGCAGCGGCACCACUGGCAGCGGCACCACUGGCAGCGGCACCACUGGCAGCGCACCGCUGUCCGGAUUUGCAACUACGUCUGCCUCGAGCGGUGGCUCCCUCUUCGCUGGAGGCUCCGAUGCUGCGAAAGCCAAAGAACCGGCACCGGCGCCGGCGUCGUCGCUCUUCGGUGAGGCAUCGACAGGCCAGGCGACAGGUGGGUCUCUCUUUGGCUCAUCCUCGAUGACUUCGGGCAUGUUCCAAGGCAUUCCAUCGGAGACCAAGCCUAAGGAGGACGCCAAGGCGCCGCCCAGCGAGCCCAAGGUUGGCCCCAGAUUCGGUUCUAGCCCCAGGAGUGACCCGCAGGACUUGAAGCUGAAGCAGGCUGGCGCGGAGAAGAUUUUGGAGGAGUUCCGCAAGAGCAAAGGCAGCAAGGUGCUGGAAGAGCUCCUGCCCGGCUUCGAAGCACUGGAGAAGGAGCUGAAGGAGAUUGAAGGCCAGGACGUGACGGUGCCCUCGAAGCCUGCGAACUGGGAUGCGCCCAAGAAAUGCCAGGCUCUGGAGGAAGAGCACGCGGAGUUGUCCAAAGCCCUGAAGAAGAUGAACGAGCUGGACCGGCCCAAGAUGUUCGCCGAGCUGAUCGACCUCCAGGUGGAGACCCUGCAGCACCACACCCGCUUCAUGACCGAGCGCCCGGGCCCAGCGGACAUGCCGGACGCGGAGAACGUGAAAUCCAUCCGCUCGCGCUGCAAGCAGGUGGAGGCGGAGCUGUCCCUUCUCGAGCAGGAUAUCUUGGAGAAGUUCAGAAACCAGGUGGACUGGGAGGGCCUCGCGCAGAUGCCCAUCGCGCCGAAGCAGAAGGCCUUGGACCUGGGUGUGGGGCUGGUGGACUCUGCCCUGGCGAAGCUGCCAGGCUACACCGGCCAGCACCUUCACUUCAUGCCGACCCGAGACCUCGCGCGGAAACCGGGCUGCGGCCGGUGGCUGCUGACGGCGGGGCGGCCGAAGAACCCGCUGAGACAUCGCCAGGGGCCGACCAAGGCGCUGAAGGACGCCGUCCAGGUGGGCGGUACCCGGCUGGAAGAUGCAAAGCCAGAUCUGCAGAUUGUGGUGAAGGAGAAGAAGGAGGAUCGCGGCUGGUUUCUUCAGCAGCAGGCGCAGCAGGUGCAACUCAGGUCCAUGCAGCUGAACGAGCGCCUCAUCGACGUCUCGGAGCGUGCGCGGGCGGUGCAGGCUGCCUCCGCGGAGCUGCACAGGCCCGACAACCUCUCGGAAGCGGCCAGCCUAGCAGCUGCGUUCAGCUGCCAGGAGCAAUUGCAGAAGCUCCGGUCCUCCGUCUUCCAAGAGAUCUCAGCACUUCCCACGCGCCGGGUAAAGCGCAGCGACCACCUGGCGUUGGAUAGGAGCGCCCUGGAGACCGGGGAGCCGAACCCGGGCUCAGAGAUCGACACCCCCACCUUCGGCAACCGCAGCGCCUUCGGCACCGUGAAGUCCUCCGCCUCAGUUGACAGCCUCCUGGAUGCAGCAGCCGGCAGUGGCGAGGACGAGCGGCUUCUGAUGCCGCCGCCGACGUCCUUUGUGCCCAAGAAGCGAGGCGAGGAGGCGAGCAGUGGCUCUGGCACAGGCGCCCUCUUUGGGGCGAGCUCGCUCAGUUCCGGCGGCGCAGACAGCCUCUUCGGAGCACCGUUUGCCGCGGCCGAUGCCAAAGGCGCAGAGGCUGCAUCUAGUUCCGGUCUGUUCUCUUCGAGCCCUGCGCCGGCCACUCCAACGGUCAAAGAGGCCUACAGAGAGCGAAUUAUGAAGAUCUACCAGCAGCACAAUCCAAGCAAACUGGAUGAGAUCGACACGCUCAUGGCCAAGUACGUGGGCCAGGAGCACACGAUGUACCUCAAAGUCUGCAAGAAGUACAACGUGAGCCCGGAGCCAGAGAUCAAAGCGGAGACCAGCCCAGGCCCCAGCGCGUCCGGACCCCUCGCCGGGUCUCUCUUCGGGACCGACUCAGGCUCUUUGUUCGGAGCCAGCAGCGGAGGAGGCAGCAGUAGCAGCGCCGCCACUGGCGCCAGCGCAGCAUCUGGCGCAGGCCUCUUCGGAUCGGCAGCGCCGGCGCCGGCAGCGCCGGCAGCGCCGGGAGCGCCGGGAGCACCGGGAGCACCGGGAGCGGCAGUGGACGUGAAGCAGGCCUACAAGGAGCGGAUGGUGAAGAUCUAUCAGCAGCACAACCCCAGUAAGGUGAAUGAGAUCGAUAGCCUCAUGGGCAAGUACGUUGGCCAAGAGCACACGAUGUACCUCAAGAUCUGCAAGAAGUACAACGUGCAACCAGAGCCCGAGAUCAAAGCCGAUGCAGGUCUGGCCGGCGCCGCCGGUGCCGGAGGCCUCUUCGGCGGCUCCGGAGGCGGAUUGUUCGGCGCUUCCGGCGGCGGCAGCACCGGGGGCCUUUUCGGUGCCGCCAGUGCCGCCUCCACUGGUUCCGGCGGCCUCUUCGGGGCGUCUUCUGGCGGAUCCAGCGGUGGCCUAUUUGGAGGCGCUUCCUCUUCCUCCGCUAGCAGCCUCUUCGGAGCCGCCGCGACCUCCGGCGGCGGCCUCUUCGGCGGCUCAGCCGGCGGCAGUCCCUUUGGCGCAUCCUCCGGCGGUGGCCUCUUUGGUGGGUCAGCUGGCGGCAUGGCGGCCGGGGUGGACGUGAAACAGGCCUACAGGGAGCGCAUGCUGAAGAUCUACCAGCAGCACAACCCACACAAGAUGAAUGAGAUUGACAGCCUGAUGGCAAAGUACGUGGGCCAGGAGCACACAAUGUAUCUGAAGAUUUGCAAGAAGUACAAUGUGCAACCGGAGCCCGAGAUCAAAGCUGGAGGCGCGUCUGCCUUCGGCCAGCCUAUGGGCAUGGGGCAGCCGACGGGGCAGAUGGGGCAGCCUAUGGGGCAGAUGGGGCAACCUGCGAGCUCCGGCGGCUUCGGCGCGUUCGGCUCCUCGCCCUUCGGGUCCUCACCCGGAGGAUGCACAGGCGGCUUUGGUGCACCGGCGACGGGAGGGCUCUUUGGAUCAACGCCAGGUGCAGCUGCGUCACCCUUUGGCGGUGGUGGUAUGGGUGGCGGCAUGGGUGGCGGCAUGGGCGGUGGCAUGGGCGGCGGCAUGGGCGGUGGCGUGGGUGGCGGCAUGGGCGGUGGCAUGUGCGGCGGCAUGGGCGGCGGCAUGGGUGGAAUGGGCUGCGGCAUGGGUGGCAUGUGCGGAGCCCAGCCUGCUGGCGGCAUGGACGUGAGACAGGCCUACAAGGACCGCAUGGUCAAGAUCUACAUGCAGCACAACCCCAGUAAAGUGAACGAGAUCGACGCGCUCAUGGCGAAAUAUGUGGGCCAAGAGCACACAAUGUACUUGAAGAUUUGUAACAAGUACAGGGUGCAGCCCGAGCCAGAGAUGAAGCCCGGCGGUUGCGGCGGCUGCGGCGGAUGUGGCGGAUGUGGCGGCGGUGGCCUGUUCGGAGCACCCGCAUCGGGAGGAGGCUUCGGAAGUUCCAUGAUGGGUGCCAGCAGUGGCGGUUUCGGCGCCUCGCCCUUCGGGGCCGCGGCCUCGGCUUCCCCGGCCUUCGGCGCCCCCUCGGCGAUGGCGUCGCCCUUCGGGGGCGGCAUGGGCGGCAUGGGCGCUGCGCCGGGCGCGAGCGCCUCACCCUUUGGAGGCGGCGCUUGCGGAGGAGGUUUUGGGGCAUUGGCGCAGCAGACGAGCUCCGCCUUUGGAGGUGCUGCUGCCUCCCCCUUCGGCGCGGGAAAUGCGGCCAGCCCAUUCGGAGGGUCGGCAGCUUCUCCCUUCGGCGGUGGCUGCGGGGCCGGCUGCGGCGCCUGCGGCGGCUGCGGCGGCUGCGGCGGAGCGCCCGCGGCACCCUUCGGGGCCUCUCCUUUCGGCGGCGGCGUGGCGAACGCUUCGCCCUUCGGCGGCGGCGCAGCCUCACCCUUUGGAGGUUCGCAGUUCACGCAAUACCGGGGCUGA